AUGUAUUUUGGAAGAAUAACAGCGAUCCUCCUGAUCUGUCGCGUCGAGUCGCUGCUAGCUUGUUGGGGCGGCGGUAAACAGCCGGACGAUAAAAACCACACUAGGUAUAAUCCCAACGAUAAAAAGAUUUGGGGUGGCUGGGACCCACCCGGGGGGGCCAAGGGAGCAUGGAAGGAGUACUUGUUGACGCACCACCAGGCGCUCUAUGGGAAAGGAGCUCCUUACGACCCAGCUUUGCACGGACCUAAGCCGUACGGUAUAGGUAUACCUGGCUGGCCUCCCAACUGGAACGGUCUUGGAUACCCACUCACUGGUAUGGAGCCGCCGCCUUGGGCGUACGUGCCUAAGAAGAUAGGCAAGCCGUCGUUGUGCUACGAACCGCCAAAGCUCGGAAACUGUAAUCCUAAAAAAUUACUCACUCGGUGA